CUAUAAAAAAGGAAGAAAUUAGGGCUUCGCGAGAGUAGAAGGUGAGAACGCCGUCACAUACACAGACACCUUCUCCGUCGUCUCCUCCACCAAUCUCAUAGCAAUCAUGAUUAUGUCAGAGGAGAACCGCCGCGCAAUCUCCAAGUACCUCUUCCAAGAGGGAGUUUUGUUUGCGAAAAAGGAUUUCAAUUUAGCGCAGCAUCCUUUGAUCGAAGGAGUUCCGAAUCUGCAAGUCAUCAAACUGAUGCAGAGCUUCAAGUCUAAGGAGUACGUCCGCGAGACAUUUGCGUGGAUGCACUACUACUGGUUCCUCACCAACGAAGGCAUUGACUUUUUGAGGACUUACCUCAAUCUCCCAUCUGAGAUUGUUCCCGCCACUUUGAAGAAGCAGCAGAAGCCACUUGGUCGUCCCAUGGGUGACCGUCCUCGUGGUCCACCUCGUUCUGAUGGAGAGAGGAGGUUUGGUGGUGACAGAGAUGGAUACCGUGGAGCUCCUAGAGCUGGUGGAGAGUUUGGUGAUAAGAGUGGAGCUCCUGCUGAUUACCAGCCUUCCUUCAGGGCACCUGGAGCUGGAUCUAGGCCUGGGUUUGGCCGUGGAGCCGGUGGGUACGGUGCUGGUCCUGCUGCUGGAUCUGAUCUUCCUUGAAAGGGAAAUGUAAUCCUUGUUUCUUUUUGGUUAAAUUGUACUUUUGAUUUGAGAAUCAGUGUCUUUUACUCCAUAUGAUUGUUUUUUCCUUAGAAUUUUAUAAAGGAUGCUCAAAAUGUUGUGGAUCCUUACAAAAAAAUUCACCCAUUAUCCGCCUUCUACUUUUUCAAUUUUAAUCUCCGCUGGUUUAAAAUCA